AUGGCAGAUAUUCGUGAUCCGGCAGUCGACAUUGUCGCUAUGGAGGCCGAAAUGGCUCAGAAACGAGACGCUGUCGACCCGACCCACAAACAUCCUAUUCACCAGGCUAUUCCUCCCAGCUCUCCAGGGACUUCGCUUGACGAGAAGAAAAAUGCUCUUACUCGCGUGUCUAGCGCUGAUAUGUAUCAGCCCGAGGACGCAGAUGAUAUUAUUAUUCCAACAGAAGAGGAAAAGCGGACACUUCGUCGUGUAGCUGGGCACAUCCCUAUCUCUGCAUGGCUAGUUGUCAUUGUUGAAUUCGCCGAGCGAUUCUCUUACUAUGGGACAACCGGCCCCUUCGUGAACUAUAUACAAAGGCCUUUGCCUAUUGGAGGUAACGGUGCCGGUGCACCUGCUAAGGGCAGCGGCGGAAUCCCUGGUGCACUCGGAAAGGGACAGCAAGCAUCAACUGGUCUUACCACCUAUAACAAUUUCUUCUCCUAUUGUACACCAAUCCUCGGCGCAAUUAUUGCUGAUGCUUAUUGGGGGAAGUUCAAAACCAUCAAUGUCUUUGUUCUUUGGGGUGGAAUUGGCCAUAUAAUCCUUACAGCGACUGCUAUCCCUUCCGUGCUGCAACACUCACCAACGGGUGCGUUUGCCGGGUUUAUUAUCAGUAUCACCAUUAUCGCGUUUGCAACCGGGGCCAUCAAGUCCAAUGUAUCGCCCCUUGUUGCUGAACAAAUUCCGGAUUCGCGCGAAACCGUGAAAACGUUGCCUAGUGGUGAAAAGGUCAUAGUAGACCCAAAUCUUACUAUCCAACGCGUCUUUAUGUAUUUCUAUUUGAUGAUAAACAUAGGCUCGUUAUCUUCCAUUGCUACUACGGAAGUGGAGUUGCACAUCGGAUUCUGGCUUUCCUACCUAAUUCCCACAAUUAUGUAUCUUGCAGUCCCUGCGGUUCUAUUUAUGGGGCGAAAUUUAUACAUCAAGUAUCCUCCUAGAGGAUCUAUUCAUCUGGAGGCGUUCCAGGUUCUGAGACGGGUUUACAAAGACGUUUGGAGCUGGAAUCCUGUAGAAACGGUACGCCGUAUGCGUGAUCCCGCUAAAUGGGACAAAGCACGCCCAAGUCAACUUGGCCUCGUUAAUAUGGUGGGAGAGAAUGGCGAGCCACUUUCGAGUGAAGAAAAGAAACGGAUGGGUCUACCUACCUGGGAUGAUACCUUUGUCGACGAAAUGAGGCGAACAAUGAAUGCCAUCAAGGUUUUUAUUUUCUUCCCGCUAUACUGGGUUCCAUACAACCAGAUGUCAAACAACAUUGUCUCCCAAGCUGGGACCAUGAGCACCCACGGUGUUCCUAAUGAUUUGUUACAGAACAUUGAUCCCAUUGCUAUCAUUAUCAUCAUUCCUCUAAUGGAUCGUAUUGUGUAUCCUGGUCUUCGGAGGAUGGGAUGGGUUGUACGUCCUAUUCAGCGUAUCACGUUUGGCUUCAUCUUGGCCGCCCUAUCGAUGGUGUACACAGCUGUACUCCAAAAUGCGAUCUAUCGUACGAAUCCGUGCGGGAGAUUUGUUAGUAAUUGCGACACCCCCAGCAGUCUAAACGUUUGGCUGCAGACACCUGCCUAUGUCUUAAUUGCAGCUUCCGAAAUAUUUGCUAGUAUAACUGGAUUGGAGUACGCAUUUACAAAGGCCCCUCUCCGAAUGAAAAGUCUAGUGAUGGCGGCGUUCCUGUUUACGACUGCAAUUUCGAAUGCCAUAUCAGAGGCACUGGUGCCAGUCAGUGAGGAUCCCUAUCUUGUUUGGAACUAUGCUGGGUGCGGUAUUGCUGCUUUUAUCGCAGGAAUUGCGUUUUGGGUUUGCUUCCAUCAUCUCGACUGGGAAGAGGAGUCCCAAAAUGAGAUUGGGAGAGAAGACAGAACUUCUGAAAGAGUAGAAAAGACUGACGUUGAGCAAUGA